AUGUUUCCACUCGAGUCCGUUCAGCACAAGCAGAUGCCGCUCCUCAAAGCUAAUGCUCAAGAACUUCGCGACUUAGGUGUGCGCUUGUUUUUGUGCUGGAUCCCUGGACAUGCGUUCGUGGAGGGGAAUGAACUCGCCGACCAGUUUGCCAAACGAACAAGAAAGAGUAAAAUUUUGGUCCGUCUGAGUUCGUACUAUGCAGGUAUACUUGACUUCGGAAGAAGCGGUCCUUGUGAGCAAGGCAACGUCUCUAGGAAAAAACGAAAAGCAGAAAAGGCACGUCUUCGAGAGAUUGAGCAGCAACAGGCUGAGAUGAAACGCAGAGAACUGUGGUGCAUGAAAACUGGACUUGGACUCUUGACUACUCCCACGGCAUCCACCAAGUCUCGAAUGAACAGAACUAGGAGUCCGACACUUGCGAUUGCGAAUCAAGUUGAGCACUCUCCUACGCCAAACCGGCCAAUGCAAAGGAAUAGUUAUGCUUCUUUGGGAGCGCGGAUGGCAUUUCUGCGUGCAAUAAAUGAACCUAGACCACAAUCGCUACUGAAUAUCAUGUCCGCUGAACCCAACGUUCACGGAGAUCGCACGGCUGACCCAGCUCUUCCACCUACAGACCUCAAGAACGAGAAAGGCGCCAGUCUCCCAGUCGCUCCAGAGAUGCCAGGCGCAGACGACGGCAGCAAGUCGAAGAGGGAGAUCGGUCUUCCAAAUGUCCCCACCGAUCUCAAGUCCAUCCUCAACACCGCAGAUGAUACCAUCGUCCGUCUAAACAAACUCCUCAAGACCCCAGGCGGUCUCGCGACCUUCCUCUCAACCACCAACUACGGCCUCUACAUCCUCGCACACCUACACUCCACAGCUCCCAGCCGCGCCGAGAUCCUCACAAAGCUCGCGACAGCUCUAGGCCGCACACCACCCAAAGCGCCCAUCGCGCCCGUUCCACAAGCCGCAGGCCUCCCUGCAUCCCCCCUCAUCCCCCUCGCCCUCACCCUCGCUGACCUGCGCACAACCCUGCGUCUCACCGGCCUCAUCCCCCUCUACGUCCUCCUCAAAUCCCUUGUCAAGUCCAAGGAGCCCGACCAAAUCACCUACUUUAUCAAAAUCACCCAAUGCCUCAGUUAUAUGACUUUUCAAUUCCUCGAGAACGUCCUCCACCUCACCAACAAGACCGUCAUCGCUUCAACCUGGACAAACGCCCGCUUCACACGUCUGGGCGGCACUACUAAGCUCAUGACUUGGAGCUGCCGCGCUUGGCUGGCGGGUAUCACGUGUGACUUUUUGAGAUUAUUCCGAGAGGCGCAGCUCGCUAGGCAGACUGGGUCGUACCAGAAGUUGAAUGAGGAGCAGAAGAGGGAGGCGGAUAAGAAGUGGUGGACCGAAUUCUUUGUGGCUACUAGUUGGUACCCAAUGGCUAUUCAUUAUUCGGUCGAGGGUGGUAUUGGAUUGAAUCUGGGCAUGGUUGGUGCUUGUGGCUUUUUCGCCAAUCUUGGGAAUUUCCUCAAAGCUUGGGAAGGGACGAAGUAG